CCCAGGAGUCGGAUUACUAAGCUUGAAGAGCCGUACCUGUGCGUGCGAUAAGAUAAGCCAUUGAGGAAGUAAGGGCACUUCCCAACUAGACCUCACAACCAAUCGCGCCCAGCCAACGUCUUUGUUCAGGAGAGAGGACCUAGCUUCCUACCUCAUCGUGGGGUUCCCUUAAUUGGGCGAUUCUCGGACCAUUGUCUAAAUUCUGGCGAAAACGGCAUAGCCACCGUCUGAAGGUGGUCUUUGUUCACCCAUCUAUUCAUCAACCAGUUCCAUUCAACUGACAUCAUUCAACUGAGCACGAAACCCCUCCUCUGACGAGUCGAUGAAUUCGAAUUGAAACCGUCAUGCCACCGAACUAUCACAAGCAUCCGGACCCAGCAAUGGACUCCUCCAACCUCGACGAAGACUCCGAUCUGGAGGACAUUAUUGAAAAGCCAGAGGUUGUAUGGACAAUAACAUACCCCAAGAAGCCAAUUUCAAACAGCAGCCACCGAAUCCGGAAACUUUGGAAUGAUGCGCAGAAACACGAGUCCAAUUUCCAUGGGAAGGGCCAGGCCAAGGAGGCUUUGAAUUUAAGGUAUAUUGUCGAGCCGAGCGCGUCGGGUCCUUGGCUGGGGAUGCAAAACUACUCGAAAUGUACUAUUGAGAACGUACACUACCGAAAGAACGACUUCGUAUACGUUCGCCCUCCGGGCCUCGAGCUUGAUGGCGACGACGAUGAAAGGAAGUUCUACGUCGCGCAGAUACUGGAGAUACGGGCGAACGAUCCACGCCAGGUGUUUGCGCUCGUAGCAUGGAUGUAUUGGCCAGAUCAACUGGUCAAUGCCCAUGUGGGUGCAGAGAAGCCAAUGUCUCUCCGGCGCUGGUAUCACGGCAAGCAUGAGCUGAUCGCCAGUAAUCACCUUGAUAUCGAGGAUGUUACUAGCUUGGCGGGGCUCGCACCUGUCGCUCAAUGGCUUGAAGAAUACGAUGACAAGGUUCAAGAGGGUUUAUACUGGAGGCAGACGUUCAAUGCGCUCGAUGGAAACCUUUCGGCUCUCCGAAAGCACUGCAUCUGCAAGAAAUACUACAACCCAGAUGUCAUCCUUGUGGCCUGCCCGAACAAAGAGUGUGGCAUUUGGAUGCACGAGGAGUGUAUUGUCAAUGAUGCACUGACAAAAGCGUAUGAGGCUCUCCCCGCGGAUCCUGAGACAAAGAAAAAGAAGAAAAAGAGUGUGAAGCGUCUCUCAGUGAACAAACUAUCUGAAGAUUUGAGCUAUAAAGAUGCGGGCUACAGAAAGCGCCUCACGGGGAAGGUUGUAGAUGGCGGAAACCAAAUUCGCAUUAUAGACCUGGUUAGCAAGAAGAUCUCAACGGAAAAACUCUGCUGCUUAAAGUGUAACACCGCGCUGGGAUGAGCUUCUGGCUUUGCAGGGAGAGCAUGCGCGUUGAGGACUAAUGACUGAUGCCUAUGCGAAUCGUGGGAGGGGUUUUAUUUUUAUUUUCAAGAAAUUGCUGCGAGACGAAUACCCAAUGGAAUGGCUGGCGUUAUAUUUUGGAGGUCGCUAUCGAUGCUGCUGCUGGACAUAUCAGGGAAGGGAGGCUAUUCAAUUUAUAGGCACAGAUGGCUAGGAGUUGGGGCAUCAUCCACGGGUUAUUAUUUGAGUUGGCUUAGCGUAGCUUUACUUUGGGAAUUUUAUAGCUGGCUAAGUGAACUAUUCGGGAAACGAAUAAUAGCUUCCUUAUCACUAAAACCGUCUACGUCUAGAAAGGGUGAAGUCCCAUUGUGAAUUACGACAGAGCCUCACAUGCC